CACACACCGUGUUCUUAACUAGUUCAGUGAAGCGAGCCAUGGUUUUCAGGAUCGCCACCAUGUCCUCUCUUAUGGUCGCCCUCGUCGUGCUGCUGCUCUCACGUAGCGGCACGGGUGACGCGGCGCGGCACCUGGCGGAGUACCCGCAGGCAGCGCCACUGCCCAAACCCGAUGUGCUGCCGAAGCCUGAACCGGUGGCGCCGCUGCCCAGUGCACCUGAGGUGCUGCCCAAGCCUGAGCUGGCGGGCCCUCUGCCCACGCCAGAGGUGCUGCCAAAGCCGGAGCUACCGCCGCUGCCCAUACCGGAGGUGGCACCGACGUUGCCGGGGCAUCCGUUCCUGCCCCUGCCUGAUGUGGAACCAAAGCCGGAGCUGCCACCACUGCCCAUUGGUGAGAUCCCACCUGUGCCGGUGUUGCCUCCACUCCCCAUAGGCGAGCUUCCACCGGAGCCUGUGCUGCCACCACGCCCGAUAGGUGAGCUUCCACCGAAGCCGGAGCCGGAACUGCCACCAAAGACGGAAGAGCCACCCAAGCCGGUGUUGCCGCCACUCCCAACAGGUGAGCUUCCACCGAAGCCGGAGCCCGAACUGCCACCGAAGACGGAGGAGCCACCGAAGCCCGUGUUGCCGCCACUACCGGCAGGCGAGCUUCCACCGAAGCCGGAGCCCGAACUGCCACCGGAGACGGAGGAGCCACCGAAGCCGGUGAUGCCGCCACUACCCGCAGGCGAGCUUCCACCGAAGCCAGAGCCAGAGCUGCCACCCAAGACAGAGGAGCCACCGAAGCCGGUGUUGCCGCCGCUUCCCACAGGUGAUCUUCCACCGAAGCCAGAGCCAGAGCUGCCACCCAAGACAGAAGAGCCGCCCAAGCUAGUGGUUCCGCCACUCCCGGCUGGUGAGCUUCCACCGAAGCCGGAGCCUGAACUGCCACCAAAGACAGAAGAGCCACCGAAGCCGGUGCUUCCACCACUCCCGGCAGGCGAACUUCCACCGAAGCCUGAGCCCGAGCUACCACCGAAGCCAGUAUCGCCGCCACUCCCAUCAGGUGAGCUUCCACAAAAGCCAGAGCCUGAAUUGCCACCGAAGAAAGAAGAGCCGCCGAAGCCGGUACUUUCGCCACCCCUGGCAUGCGAGCUUUCACCAAAGCCACAGCCAGAGCUGCCACCGAAGAAAGAAGAGCCGCCGAAGCCCGUGCUUCCGCCACCCCCGGCAGGUGAGCUUCCACCGAAGCCACAACCCGAGUUACCACCGAAGAAAGAAGAGCCGCCCAAGCCGGAGCUACCACCACUGCCACCCGGUGAGCUUCCACCCAAGCCCGAGCCGGAGUUUCCACCAAAACCAUGAUGCGUUCAACCACCGAGGUUUCCAUGCCGCAUGAUAUGUUGGGGUAUUCAUAUGCAUACAUGUGUUCAUAUUCAUCCGUUUGAUCUGCACUUGACUGUUGCCGUGAGCUAGUUCACACAUACAUACUGUUUUCAGAGGUUUUCUUGAUCAUUUCCUUUCAUAUACGUGUCUAAUAAAUGGAUUUCCGUCCAUAUGUAUAUAUAAAUUUCUUUGUCACUUUA